AUGAUUUGUCCCACUUACACGGUCCUUUUGACCGUAUUGUUUGCCUUGACUAGCUUCGGCUCGUCGUCUCACGUUCUGUUCGACGGCGGCACCAUAGUCAUUUUCAGCGAGCAAGCACGAGCCGUGCAGGUCUUGAGGAAUCACUCAGUCCUCAUCGAAGGUGAUAGAAUCUCAGCCGUCUUUCCAGCAGGAUCAGACCACCGAGUCCCCUCUGACACAGAAGUCAUUCCUGCAAAUGGCAAGAUUAUUUCUCCUGGGCUGGCUGAGAGUGUCGACUGGAACGCCACGCCGGUGGAGCUGGGAAUCUCUUACGACGAAUUCUAUAAUGCACCGAAGAGCGAUGUGGACGGAGUGAUAGGUCUUAUUAGCCCCACGCUUCUCAAUGAACUCGGAUUGUUGAACGGCUCAACGCCCGUCAUAUUUUCUCACGCGACCGGAAUCACGCCCGAUGAUGUUGCAUUGCUCAGGCAAUACAAUCACCACAUUGCCAUCGCCCCCGAGUCAGAGAUGCACUUCGGGCAUGGUUAUCCGCACUCGCACAAGGUCAUGGAUCAGGCUGCCCUGGCCAUUGACGCUUCAUGGGCAUGGAGCGGAGAUCUCGUCUCUCAGGCCCGACUAUGGCUUCAGUCCGUACGGUUGAGGUUGUAUCAAGAGGCGCUUGACAACUGGACAAUCCCGAAGAACAGCCCCAUGUCGGUAAGCCAGGCAUUCCUGCUCGCGACUCGGGCCGGUGCCCAAGCUCUUAGGAGGUCGGACUUGGGAAUCAUCUCGGCAGGGGCGAAGGCGGACAUUGUCGUCUUUGAUGGGAACGCCUUCAAUUUGAUGGGCUGGAACAACCCUGUUGCGGCCAUCAUUCUCCACUCCCAUCCCGGAAACGUCGAGCACGUCCUCGUAGAUGGCCAGUUCCGCAAGAGAGAUUUCAAGCGUGUCAUUCCUCGCGUUGCUUCGCGGAGCCUGGAAGAUGCGACGGAUCGAUUUCUCAAUAGUGCCAGGCGCUUGCAAACACAGUUCCUGAAAGACCCACCUAUUAUCCUUGGGGGGGAUCACAAGCCAGCGGCUCCCUACAUCACGCUUAAUGAAGUGGAUGCCCUGCCUGGAGAGGGAACUGGGUACUAG